AUGCUGCAGGAGAAUCUGUUGGAAGCUGCCGCUCGUGACGAAGGCGAGGUGUUCCAAGCAAAGGAGGAGGCCUAUCGUCGCGGCAAAGCACCCAGUCGAUGGUCGGACGACACGUGGGAUAACGUAAGCCGGGUGGCAUUCAUCUCGAUCAACUUCAUUGCUACGAUGCUGUCGUCGUCUCUCGUAUGCAGCUGGAUUACUGACGGCAUCGGAGCCCUGCGUCAACGGCGGGACAGCCAACAAUUCUCCAUUGAUGCUGCCAUCAUGUCAUUCAAUACAUAUGGAGUCGUCUACAGCAUGUGCAUGGACGACGCCAUACGAGACAGUCUGAUGCAGGUAGCGCAACAAUGGAAGGCUGAGCAAGACAAGUUCAAAUAUGCCCUUAAAACUAGCGAGGCGGCUAUGAACACACUGACGUUGUAUACCUCCGAAUGUAAAGACGAACUUCGACGAGUCCAAGCAACGUUCCAAGCCUCGAAAGGCAACUUGCAAUGCACCACCGAUGCAGAACUGGCGGAGCUGGAAACGCUGAACAAUGCGUGGUCCAUUCGGCAGCCGGCCAUAGAAUCAUGGCUGUUUCUGGAGCUGCAACAGUCCAACUCCACUCGCAAUUCCUCCCCAGCCGCCGAGGACCAAGUCGAAACAAACAUCGAGAACCACAAGGCUCGAAUCGUCCAAAGCUUGAACGCGACCAAUUUGGCCAUCCAACGGGUGGUGGCCUCAGGGUCCACUGAAGUCAACCUCCGGUUAAGUUGGGUUCAGCAGAUUGCCACUUCACUCCAAGACAGUUUGACGUUUCCAUCGGCUGCUACCGGCCAACCGAUUCAAAUGAACCAAGCGCUCAAGUCCACACAAGAAUCGAUACGUGGUAUCAGGACAAUGUGGACUGCUUUGGAGCCAGCCCUGGAAAUGAGUGGCGCGAAGCAGGUGUCGCCCAUGUCUAUGCUGGGCGAAGCUGACGCCAAUUUAGUUCAAUUGAUCCAAGUCGAACUGUCGCUAAGCGGGAAGCUCCACGAGUUACAAGAGUCCGUAAACGACACGCAAGUCAACAUCCAGCAGUGGCAAGAAGCAGUCAUGGCCUACACCACCGACACCAGCGCGACAUUGGACGCGCUCGCCGGUGCUGUUCUCAACCAGUCCAAGGGCGACCUCUAUGCGUAUUCAAAUUGGACCAUCCGCACAGCAUUGUUGCAGCAACAGCAACGCCUCAUCGGCCCUGUCUUCCCCAAUUUAGAAAUGGCAAACUUGACGAAUUCGUCGUCAACGGCCAACGAUUUUCUCCCCAAAAGCCACGGCUUGGACAUCCAGCUCGAAGGAAUGGCUUUCGCGCUUCCUGUAGACUUGAUUGGUCGGGUCGUGCUAGCAAUUUUCCUGGGUAUUGCUGUCUGGCGCAAAAGUUACGUGAACGUUCCACAACUUGAUAACCAAGGCAUCACAACGAUCCGAACCAAGGCCGAUUGGGUGGACGUGUUUCGCUGUCGCCACAACGUUUGCAGCAUCAUCUACAGCCUGUCGACGAUAAAUCUCAUGCCCUUGCUUUGGACGAUGCUCAUAAUGUCCGUUUGCUUCGGUGCAACGUUUGGUUUUCUCAUCCCCAUAAACCGCACGCACACGAUGGUAUGUACGAACCACGCCAACGGUGGCAAGUCGUCGGGGGGGCUCGGGGGGCUUUUGGUGUCGCUUGUUGCCAAACAGUUCCAAUCCAAUGGCGACCUUCAAGCCAUAGAGGGGUUUGGUCAGCUCCAAUCCAUUCACGACCGCACGUGCACGUCGUAUGAGCUACAAAUGGACAAGAUGAACAUCGCGGCCCACGCCAAUGCAUCGGCGUUAUUGGACGACUACAGCGACCUUCACGCAGUUGUCAAGCAGUUUCGACAGUGCCUGCUUCCCCUGACCACCACGAAUGGCUCAAAUGCAUCGACGAUUGCAGCGUGCGGCUUGAAGCCCGAAGUCCUCCGAGGAAUGUCUGCCGUGUCGAAUUGGACGUGUCCACGAAGCAACUUGACGUUGGCGUCGAUAAAAGCACCGUGCGUGACGACAUUGACGCAAGAUUUCAAGGACACCGAAGGCAAAGUGCACGGGUGUGGCCUCGAGCGACUGAUUUUGGAGAGCGUGGUCAUGUGGUGGGUGUGGUUGAUUCUGUUUGGCACGUUGAAUUUCAUGCGAGGGAUAUUGAUGGAAGCCGUGGCAAUCACAUUGUGGCGAGCGCUCAGUGGGGGGCGCAUGCCGUUUGUUGGGUUUGUCGGAGGUGACGGCACAGUAUUGGACCAGUGCCAGCUCUCGUAUCGAUUUGAACGCCAACUGGACGAGUACUUGUGGCUUCGGAAAUACUAUGGCGUUUGCGCUGGCCUCGUGUUUGGUUGCGGCAUGAUAAUAGUCGUCGCCACACUUGGCAGUUUGCCAUAA